AUGGCUAGCAAACUUGAAAGAAGAAGGACUAUGAGUCCGAACAAACUUGAUAGACAACGCGCCAAGAGUCCGAGACCAAAAUCAAACUAUGCUGCUUCUUUACGGAUGAAACACACCAACAGUCUAAAAAGUCUUGAUGUUUACAAAGCUUCGGCGGUUGUUAGUAAAAUGCGAAGUAGAAGUAAAACAAGAAAGAAGACUCCAAUUCCUAAAAUCAAAGCGGAAAGUCCUCCACCGCCGCCAACACCAACACCACCACCUCGUACACCAACUCCAGAGCCAGAACCUGAGCCUGAGCCUGAGCCUGAGCCAGAGCCCGAAAUUGAACCAGAACCAGAACCUGAACCUCCAGUUGAUCCUCUUGAACAUUUUACAACAUGCCAAAUUGUGAAGGAAAAAAGACGAGAAGUUGCCCUUCAUGUAAGGAAGAAUUCGAGGUGA